GACAACUUCUCUCACCGAUUGUUUCGAUUGUCACGUACGAUACCGUUGAAGAUAUUUAUUUGUAGCAAUGGCUGUACCGGAUUAUAAACUUAGUGCAGUUUUAUAUGGCCAUUCCUUAGACGUGCGAUGUGUGGCGAAGACCAAAGAAUCUUGUAUAUUGUCUGCCUCUCGCGACCGAACCGCUAAAUUAUGGCACCCUGAAGGGGUUAAAGAUUUCAUCAACGCAGUCACUUAUAAAGGGCACAAAAACUUCGUUUCAUGUAUUUGUUGGCUGCCACCUUGCGAAGCUUUUCCAGAGGGUAUCGUAGUGACCGGCAGCAACGACAACACAAUUUUAGGCUAUAACUUGCAAGAUGGCAGCAUCGUGUUGACGCUGGAAGGUCAUGAAAAUGCUGUGUGUAGUGUCACACCAGCUUCUGAUUCAGGAAUUUUGUUAAGUUCAAGUUGGGACAGCACAGCCAAAGUAUGGAAUGUCAACAAUCCCCACGCCACUCCCUUGACGUUGAAAGGGCACCAGGCAGCAGUGUGGGCAGUGGUGGAGCUGGGUAAUGGGACAUAUGCCACAGCCUCGGCUGAUAAGACUAUCAAGCUGUGGAAAAAGGAUGGAUCUCUUAUAACCACACUGGCAGGUCACACUGACUGUGUGCGAGGGCUAGCUGUGGCUGGUCCGGAUUCAUUCCUGAGCUGCUCCAAUGACGCGUCCAUCAGGCUGUGGGCUAACAAAGGAGAGUGCCUUAACACUUACUAUGGACAUUCUAAUUAUAUUUAUAGUAUAAGCAUUCACCCGGGCCUGAACGGCUGGGCGACGUGUGGCGAGGACGGCUCGGUGCGGCUCUGGUCAGCCGGGGACUGCGUGCGAGAGAUCCGUCUGCCGGUGCAUUCAGUCUGGAGCGUCGCUUGCAUGGACAAUGGAGACAUUGUUACUGGAUCCAGUGACGGCUUAGUCCGAGUCUUCACCAAAGACCCGGCGCGCUACGCCGACGAGGCGACGCUCAAGCAGUUCGAAGAAGACGUCGAGAAGCUGGCAGCCGCCUCGCAGCAGGAGAUCGGAGGGUUUAAGCUAUCUGAAUUGCCCGGCCCAGAAAUCCUACUGGAGCCGGGCAAAACGGACGGUCAGACAAAACUGGUCCGUCGCGGCACCAACGUGAAGUGCUACUCGUGGAACGCGGCCGCCAGCAGCUGGGACGAGGUCGGCGACGUCAUGGGCGCCAACCCGCCCGCCGAGGGCAAGACCAUGUUCCAGGGGAAAGAGUAUGACUUCGUGUUCAGCGUGGACAUCAAGGACGGCGCUCCGCCGCUGAAGCUGCCGUUCAACAAGACCGAGGACCCCUGGGUCGCCGCACAAGCCUUCAUACACAAACAUGACUUGCCUCAAGUGUACUUAGAACAAGUUGCAAACUUUAUCAUCACAAAUGCCAAGUUGGAUUCGCUGCCCGCUUCAAGUAAUGGGUACUUCGACCCGUUCACGGGCUCGUCCCGCUACGUGCCGGGCUCGGCGCCGCCCGCGCCCGCGCCGCCCGCGCCGGCCGCGGCCGACCCCCUCACCGGCGCCGCCGCCUACUCCACGGCCAACGCGCAAACGCAACCACUCUCGCAACCCGACGAGAAGCCGCUCAUACCGCACGACGCUUACAUCAGAUUCGAUCAAGCGAACCUGACUGCGAUCCACGACAAGCUAAAAGAAUUCAACAGUAAAGUGGGAGACGGCCUGAGCGCCCUGACUGAGCAACAACUAGCUGAUAUUGUUAAAUUAGGCGAACUGAAUAGCACUUAUAAUCCAGAAACGAUAGCAUUAUUGAAGAAAACUUUAGAAUGGCCAAAAGAAAUCCUCUUCCCGGUAUUGGACGUGACGCGGCUAGCAGUUAGAAAUAAAGAAGUGAACGGCCAAAUGUUCGACACGACGUAUGGGCCGGACUUCGUCAAAUACUUAUUGACUUUGUUAGCUCCAGGUAAUAUCCCGGCGAACCAAAUGCUAGCGAUGCGCGUGCUAGUGAACGCGUUCAGCGACCUGCCCGGCGAGAUGCUCGUGCUCGCCGCCCGCGAGGCCGUCGUGCACUGCAUCACCUGUCUCACGCAGCUCAGCGCCAACGCGCAGAUAGCAGCGGCAUCUCUCCUACUGAACUUGUCGGUGGCGCUGGCGCAACAGAGCGACUCCGCCGACCUCGCCGACUGCAUCCUCAACCUGCUUAGCAAGAUCACUGACAAUGAAGCCUAUUUCAGAGGUUUAGUCGGUCUCGGCACGCUGCUGGCCGAGGCGCCCAGCCGGGCCGCGCUCCGGAGCCGGGUGGCGGCGCGCCCGGCCGUGCGCGGCCGCCUCGCGCGCGACGCCGGCCGCGCCGACAAGCUCGCCGUCUGCUCGCGCCAGAUCCUCGGCCUUUUAUAAUGAUGACAAGCCGCGUAGCAAAUGCUCACUUAUAAAAAUACGGUCGUUUAGAUCUGGCAACACUUGCACCCGGUUUAAAAUACACCUUUUAAUGCCGGCUUAUUUUGGGUCCUCUCCGAACUUUUCCUUGAGAACGCGAACGUAUUGAGAAAUCUUCAUCAAAAUUAACCGCUUCAUUUGACAAACAGGGGGAACGAACGGCGGCCUCAGGAGGCUUCAGCUUGCUAUUGUUAGUAACCGGUUUAUUGGUUCUAAACCGGUUAAACCUAAAUAAAACUAUAAAGAACAACACCUGAAACCGGAUUGGAAACUAAUUUUGGAACAAAACUAAAAUAAAAAUGAAAUACGUCAAAUAUACACCAUGGGCUGGUAAAACCCGACAUAUUUUAAAGGUGUAUAACCGCAUUUAGAGACUAAAAUGUCAUAUAAGGUUUUCUGAAAUUGGUCUUAAUUCAGAGAUAAUGACAGUUAUUGUGAAACACGUCUUUUUGGCUGCGACGCUGCCACUAUGUGACUUGGUUUAGACAUAACUACGACAUACAUUUUAAGUUUUAAAGGAAACUCGCAAUUUUUAUUUGUUAAUUAAUUAUAAAAAAACUUAUUCGUUGUAAUGUGUUUUUUUUUCGCCAAGUUGUAAAAAGAAAUGUAAUACCUGUGGUAUGCAAAAACUCAAAAAAUAUCUCUUUUGUCAAUUUUUUUUCUUGCCAAAUUUGACCAAAAUCCAUAAAACAUUUUUUGCUCCUUAAGACCUCAGGAAUUCGUGGUAAACUUCUGUCUGGUAUUACCAGCCCACGGUGUAUAAUAACGUUUGUUUAAAUUUACAAAAACCGUACCCAAGCCAUAAAUGGUAUUCAGAAUACGUGCGUAUAACAUGACAUGUAAUUGCGUUUGAAAAAUUACAAAUAUGCCACUGUUACUGCAUUUCGCCCGUGCUAUUCGUUGAAUUAUUUAGUAAUAAUGUGGCAAGUCACAUUUUCUUAAUCGGGAGUGCUAGGAGAAAAGGUCCUCAUUGUAAUAUCAACGGAAAGAAUAAUAUGUAUUGUAAUAUUCAUUUUAUAUGCUAACUAAUCUAUCUACUGCCAAACUGUGAUGAACUUUUAUAAAAUAAUAACGAUGUUCAAAGAUUUAAAGCAAUUGUGAAAUAUCAUGUUCUGGUUUGUACUCUUCUCGCUGUAAAAUAAUCUCCAUAAGAAGGCUGUUAAUGUUAACGAAUGAUUUUCGCUUAAUUCUUAGUGUUGACUUGAACAAUUGAACACUUUAUUUUUCGUAAACCCGCUACAAGCCUCAAUUAGCUAUUGAUCGGUUGUCCUAAACUGUCUUUUUGACUCAUGUAUUUGUAAGAAAUGUAUAAUACAUAAUUGAACUAAUAGAGGCUUGUAAACUUUAUGAAUUAAGGGGGUUAAUAUUUAUGACAAAAUAUUCACAUUUCAAAGCAAUAAUUUUCAUACAUGUGCCGAUCACGUGCCCAGUUUUGAAAGAAACACAAACUUUAUAUAUAAACACUAUUUAAUGAUCUUAUUUUAAUAUGUAAUAAAGUUAUAAUACAUAAUUUACAGUUGCUAUGUAUCGAUAACAGCGGUGUUUAUGUUCAAUAGCAAAGAUUAAAUAAUUUUAAUAUAAAAAUAA